AUUUGAACCCGUUCAGCGGUCAAAUGCUUAUUGAUGAAGUUCGGAAAAGGAGUUUCAAAUUUAGUGGUCGAUCUGGGGAAGUAUCUUUCGAUACAAGUAAUGGAGACAGGUUCCCAAACUUCACGAUUCUACACAAAGGCCGACACAAAUUUGAACCAUUUGCAUUUGUGUACAAUGACGAAAAGGAAAGGUUGACGUUCGAUCAGAUAUCGAAACCAAAUUUCAAUACUCCGGGGAGAGAUCCUCCACCGGCGGAACCUAGGUGUGGUUACAGUGAUACAAAGUGUCCAAGGGAGCUGCAAGGUGGUGAAAUUGCUGCUAUUAUAUCAUUUAUAUCAAUGAUUAUCAUAAUCUCGGGUGUAGGCUGUAUCGCAUUUCUUCAAAG